AUGGCUUCCCUCUACCUUCAUUGCACCGCCCCUCCCUCUUCCAAACUCCGCCCCUCCCCUCAACCCCUCCUCUCCAAGCCCUCCCCUUUCAUCUCCCAUGCAAGGCGUAGCCACCGCCACCCCCUCCGCGCCUCCUCCCAAAGCGACUCCGACUCUUCCAAAGGCAGGCUUGACCGCCGCAACGUCCUCCUUGGCCUGGGCGGCCUCUACGGUGCCACCAACCUGAUCUCCCCUGGCUCGGCCUCCGCCAACCCUGUCCAAGCCCCCGAGCUGGACAAAUGUGGCGCCGCUACCAAUCUCAACAACCAGCAGAUCCUCGACGUCAACUGCUGCCCCCCCGUCACGGGCGACAUCAUCGACUACAAGCUCCCGACCUUCUACAAACUCCGCACCCGCCAAUCCGCCCACCGCCUCAACCCCACCGACGUCUUCAAGUACAACCUCGCCAUCCAGCGCAUGAAGGAACUCCCCGAAGACGACCCCCGCAGCUUCAUGCAGCAGGCCUUCAUCCACUGCGCUUACUGCAACGGCGCCUACAACCAACCCGGCCAGGGCGACCUUGACAUCCAAGUCCACAACUCAUGGCUCUUCUUCCCCUUCCACAGAUGGUACCUCUACUUCUACGAGAGAAUCCUCGGGAAGCUCAUCGACGAUCCCACCUUUGCCCUCCCCUUUUGGAACUGGGACAACCCUAAAGGCAUGACUAUCCCGCCCAUUUUCCUGGACCCCAAGGCAGCCAUCUACGACGCCAAGCGCAACCCUGACAACCUCAAGGCGGUCGUGGACCUCGGCCGGACGGGGAGCAAAGACCCCAUGCAGUUAGUCACCAACAACCUCACGGUCAUGUACACGGAGAUGGUCCGUGGAAAUGCUGACGUGUACGACUUCAUGGGGCAGCCCUACCGCGAAGGCACCCCGGUCAACCCAGGACCGGGGUCAUCUGAGAGGGGCUCCCACACAUCCCUCCACAUAUUCGUGGGGGACCCGAGGGAGCCCAGCGGGGAGGACAUGGGGAACUUCUACUCGGCGGGGCGGGACCCACUGUUCUACUGCCACCACGCCAACGUUGACCGGAUGUGGACUCUAUGGAAGGACGUCCUCCCAAAAGACAAGGUCCCGACCAAGGACAUCACCGAUCCCGACUACCUGAACGCGUCCUUCCUGUUCUACGACGAGAACGCGCAGCUGGUGCGCGUGUACGUGAGGGACUGCCUCGACACGAGGAAGAUGGGAUACGACCUGCAGAGGAUCGACCUGCCCUGGCUCGACUACCGGCCCCCGAUCCAGACGGCCCUGGCGAGGAUCAAGCGGACGACGAGCUUCUUCCCGAAGGUGUUCUCGGUGUUCCCUCUGAACCUGACCAAGGUGGUGAGGUUCGAGGUGCAGAAGGCGAAGAAGGGGAAGGCGGACGAGCUGCUGGUGCUGGAGGACAUCACGGUGGACACGACCAAGUUCCUCAAGUUCGACGUGUUUGUGAACGACGAGGAUGACAACCCGCUGGAGCUGGACAAGGCGGCGUACGCGGGGACGUACGCGCAGGUGCCGCACAAGGCGCCCAAGAAGACGUCGACGACGUCGAUCAGGCUGAGGCUGACGGACUUGUAUGAGGACAUGGACAUCGGCGACGAUGAUAGCAUCGUUGUGACUAUUGUGCCGAGGCACAGCGGGCCUGGCGUCACUAUUGGUGGCAUCAAGAUCAUUGAGAAUCCAAACAAGGCUUGAUUCCUUUCUGUCGCUGAGUUUAAUAAAUACUACUCCCUCCGUAGAAUAAGAGGCCUGAUCGAUUUGUUUCGUUAUCGGGUUCAUCAUGCUUGCGUUUUCAUUUCAAUUUCUAUCGUAAUUGUGAGUGUCAUGCCUGAUUUCAUUUGGCAAUAAGACUUUGGAUGCUUUGUAUCUUAA